CUUUUGCUAGUGAAAAAAAUAGUUAAAAAAAAGUUCGGUCAUCUAUCAGCUGACAUGUGUCAUUUCUUGUCUUGUUGUGGGUUUAUUUGUUUGGGAUAUUUUUGUUAAAUUUAUGUAAAAAAUAGGCUUAUUAAUUCAUCGUAAAUAUGUCUGACGAUAGUGCUAAAAAGCCUAAACCUGGAGAAGCAGCAUUAAAAAAUAUGAAGCUGUUAAAAAAUGAGAGCAGCGUAUUUAAAGUUCCCAAAGUGCCUAAAAAGAAACCCAGUACAAAGAAAGCUAAAGUCUUGGAAGAGGAAGUGUAUGUAGAGGGUAUAGCAAAGAUUAUUCAAAGAGAUUUUUUUCCUGACUUAGAAAAAUUAAAAGCACAAAAUGAGUUUUUAGAAGCUACAGAAAACAAAGACUACUCCAGACUCCGAGAGAUCACACAAAAAUACAGCGGCAGCAGACCUCCCACUGAGCCUUAUAAUUCCCCUGCCACUUUCGACACUCCAGGCCCUGACCGGCCUUAUUCACCAUCAGCCCCCACAGUAAGAGAGCACAGAUCUGACCUGGAUGACGUUGGCGCCAUUGACAAACCUAAAGAUAUCACAGAUGACCACACUUUGGAUUCAUACUUAUCAACACAUACGAGCGAAGACAACGCCAGCUACGACAAAGUGAUAGCGCUGGAAGACAAGAAGAGGGCUACCAAACUGGCGGUACAACUUAACGCGGAGGUGUCGUCGGCUGAGCUCGCUGAUAAGGCGCUCGCCUUGCCCUCCAUAGAGGAGCAGGCGGACCAGACUGAGAGGCCACAUGAGCUGGACACAUGGCGGUACAAAGCUAAGAACUACAUAAUGUAUGUGCCGGACGGAGCACCGUCGCAGCCGCCGCCGCGCAAGCCCGACUUAUUACGUCACAACACGCGCCUGCGCGCGGAACCCUUCGACCACGUCAAGAACAAAGAGGCCAUCACCGCCAUCGCUAGGACGCAGGUCAGUAACACAAACAAUAAAGAACGUUAUGUACGUGACGGACAGUGCAUAGUCACAGCCGCCGCCGCGCAAGCCGGACUUAUUACGUCACAACACGCGCCUGCGCGCGGAACCCUUCGACCACGUCAAGAACAAAGAGGCCAUCACCGCCAUUCACAGCCGCCGCCGCGCAAGCCGGACUUAUUACGUCACAACACGCGCCUGCGCGCGGAACCCUUCGACCACGUCAAGAACAAGGAGGCCAUCACCGCCAUCGCUAGGACGCAGGACGCGACAGCGACAGGCAAGAUAGGCGUGGACGGAGUAAGCAUAUCAAGCGAGAAGGCGGGUUACGAGUACCUCGCCACGCCGUCGCCGCGGCCGGGCGACGGGCCCGACCAGUCGCCGCUCAUGACCUGGGGACACAUCGAGGGCACGCCCUUCCGCCUCGACGGCGGGGACACGCCCUUACCAGCCGUGGGCGCGGGCGCGGCCUACCGCAUGCUGGAGGGCGGCGCGCGCGAGCGCAUCGCGCUGCAGCUGUGCGAGCGCGCCGCGCGCCGCCGCCGCCCCACCACGCCGCGCGCCGCCACAGACUCCUUCACGCCACUUUUCAGAACAAACACAGAGCGCCUCGCCAGCAUGUCUCCAGCGGCGCGGAAGCUGGCCACCAAGCACCUGCUCUCCCCGCGCCUCAAGCUCACCCCCCACGACGUCGGCAUCCACGCGCGAACCCCUACUCCGCGCCGUCCGCUCGUGGCCACGCCCACGCACCACAACGCCACGCCCACUCGCGGCAGUGCCACGCCCAACAUGCCCAGCACACACGGCUCCACAGAAAACAACAUCACAGAUAACCUCCUGCAGAUCAACGUGGCUAAACGGACGAGGUUAAAAGCGCAGGACUUCUUCCAAUAGCAGAUAAUAAACGUAUUUAAAACA